UUAUUAAGUUAUGAAUAAAAAGAAAAACACCCAAGAAAUGUGAAUGGCGCAGACUGAUGUUUUGGCAACAUAAACAGAUAUAGGUCAUGGUAAUAUGCACAGUAGCUCAGUAGUGCACAGUACUACCUGUACAUACUGCAUAUCUCCACAUACAACAUUUGGAAACUAACAUACAAUUAUGAGGGAUCUCAUUUCAUCAGAAAUCAGAUGCAAUCAAUCAAGCCUCUCAAUCUCUGCUUAAUACAUUAUACCCCUCUUGCUCUCAAACAUCUUUGAUAGUAUUUUGGGAUGCAUUUACAACUGUCAAGAUUUAAUUUAAACACCAUGAUUUUUUUUUUAUUACAACACCUCAUAUACACAGGUAUGACACAAGCUCAGUUUCAAUAUUACUGGGCUAUAAAAUCUAUUCAUUGUCUAUUAGAGGAUUAUGCAGCAAGCUUUCAACCAGGGCAGCCAUAUUUAUCCACAGUUCUGAUAGUCCAGGAAUCAUCUUUGCUAGUGAAAGCAGCCUUAAAGUUCCUACACUCUUCUAGGUAACCCAGUUUCCACAUAUCCCAAUUCAGGCUUCCACAAAACACGGACAUUAAUAAGUUGCGAAGCACAUUAAUUAGCUGCAAAGUUAGGUAAUGCAACAGCAUGCUUUCUCUGGUGCAAGCCUUGAAUAAGCAGGGCAUAUCUUAGGAUCUAACAGUAGGUGGCAAUGGGAAAGAAGGGCAUCCUAGAACGGUUGGCUGAGGGGCCAGUGAUAGGAGAUGGGAGCUAUGUCAUUACACUAGAAAAAAGGGGCUAUGUAAAGGCAGGGCCAUUUACACCAGAGGCUGCUAUUGAAUAUCCAGAUGCAGUUCGGCAACUGCAUAGAGAUUUUCUGCGAGCAGGAGCAGAUGUACUGCAGGCUUUUACUUUUUACUCAACCGAUGGGAAACUUAGCACUUCUGAGGGAGGAAAAGUAUUUACAUCUGCAGAUCUUAACCAGUCUGCAUGUGAUAUUGUUUGGGAGGUGGCGAAAACCAAGCCAGACACUCUGGUUUGUGGAGGCGUGUCCCCCACUCCAUGCUAUACCCAAGGGAAGGGUAAAGCUGCUGUUCAGAAACAGUUUCAAAACCAGUGUGAGAUCUUUGUCAAAAAUAAAGUAGAUUUUCUGCUGGGUGAGUUUUUUGGCCAUGUGGAGGAGGCAGAAUGGGCCAUUGAAGCAAUGAAGACUUGUGGUAUGCCAGUGGCUUGUACGCUCAGAAUUGGGCCUCGCGGGGAUUUGGAUGGUGUUUCAGCUGGAGAAUGUGCUGUCAGAAUGGCCCGAGCAGGGUGUGACAUAGUGGGCCUCAACUGCUCCUUUGACUUCCACACAGAACUUAAAACAAUCAAGAUCAUGAAGGAUGCUUUGGCUGCCGAGGGCUUGACACCAUAUCUUAUGACCCAGCCUGUUGGAUAUCACCUUCCGGAGGUGGAGAAUAGCAUUGUGGGUUACUAUGAUCUCCCGGAGUAUCCUCUAGCCCUGGAACCCCGUUUGCUGGUGCGUUUUGACUGUCGUGAGUAUGCUCGCAAAGCCUACGAGCUUGGCGUACAUUACAUAGGAGGUUGCUGUGGAUUUGAGCCCUACCAUAUGAGGGAGGUUGCAGAAGAACUGGCUCCAGAAAGGGGUGGAAUCAGACCACCAGGAGCUGACAAAAAUUCUAACUGGGGAGACGCCUUGGCAGAGUCCACUAUAACACCUCAUGUAGCAAUAAGGCACACUAAAGAAUACUGGGAGACGGUGAUCCCAGCUUCAGGAAGACCAGGUGGGCGUCUGACCAAUGAACUUGUUGCCUACGAAGGUCAACUGAAAUAAGAGAGAAAACUUUAACAGAAGAGCUUCCAGUGUCAUUUGACAACUAACAUUGCAAUCUAUUCAUGUUCAAUCAAUAAAGAUAAAACUGUUGAUGUUUUAAAUGUAUUGCAAAAUGUAACUGUUACACAAGAUUAAUCCCUGUAGAAAAAUAUUGAUGUUAGAAAAAUUGGAUGCAGUCAGAUUGUUACAUGGAUCAUUCUUAAAAUUUAAUACUACUAGUAUUAACUAACCACUGUUUGAUUUUUUUAAUAACUUUAGUAAAUGUUCAUUUUUUUUAAAUUAGGAAAAUGUAAAUCAGUGGCGUAACUGAAAAAAAAAAUUGAAGAUUUUAUUGUGUCCAAAUAAUUUUUAAAGGCAGGACAGAAGUGCAGUUCAUAAGAAAUAGAGCUAGAUCUAUAGAGUAAGUUUAAAAGUGCUGCAAUGGCUCUGAAUGCUUCUAACAAUCAUGACAGAAGUUUUUAUUCAUGAAGCAUGACAAUAUGUCGCUGGUUAUGAAAAGCACAUUUACAUAAAAAUUUACACAGUACAAGUAGGUACAUUCAGGAACAGAUGCACUGUAUACAGUGUUCAUUACCAAUAUCUGCUCAUUUAUUUACAUUUCUUUUUACAAUUAUACACAUAACUACAUAUGAUAAAGUUUUUAGAGACUAAAAGCAAUUCAUUUUUCAGCACACUAGGUUAAAUGAAUGGUAGUUGUUAUAUAAUUACACCAUGUAAUGCUAAGUUUACUACGUUUGGUGGGUGCGUAAUAUCUAAAGCUUAUAAUACACUGUCGUGAUCAUUUGACUCCAGUAAUCACUUUAUAUUAUCAGGUGAUUGCACCAGCAGUUUCUGAAGGUGCUGGCCAACAGUUAAUGAUGGAUAGUUCAUACAUGUAACUACCCUGAAAAAGAGAGUUGGGUUUGGUUGGGUUGUGCAGCCAGCUGAGCAUGCUCUGGUGUCUCAAUUUUGGGCUGUGUUCCUCUAAUAGGCCACCUUCUGGUGAGGCUUUUAACUUACAAAUGUACCUCCAAUGUAUUCAAAUUGUACAAUCAAUAAUAAAUA